UGAAUAUAUGUUUCAGUGUUUUACUAUAAAAGUGUAAAAGCUAGGUGCUGCUGUUACAGAAAUGAAAUCAGACAUUAUCUUUUUUCCAGUGUCUCACAAAAGCAGCCAUUCCUGAUUCAAAGGCCAGUCUCUUGACUCCAAGUGCUCACUUUUGCAAGCUUUGCUUAAUGUUGUAUAUAUCCCCCUAUUCUCCAGGUCUUCUUUCUAGUUCUUCUUAGUAUACACAACUUCUCAGGGCAAUCACUUCCAUGCCCAUGGCUUCAGUUGCUUUCUCUAUUCGCUGAGGACAAUAGAAUUUUAAAUUUAAAAUAUUAGUUUUUAUUUUUUGUAAGAUCCCUCAUUUGCUCUAACCAUAGAUUCAGAGUUGCUCCAUGAAAGUAAGAAAAAAUGGUGAUAUACUUAGCAUGUAAAUUUUAGGAAAUUUCCCAUUACUGUAAAUGGUUUGAUUUAGUAUGUGUGUUAUUUUUAAAAACAUAUGUUGGGAUGUCACAAAUGGACUUAGCCUACAGAGAUUUAUAUUCAACUUUGACCAGAGAGUUCCAUUUUAAUGUGACACUGAGCGUAAAAAACUGUCUUUUCCUCCUUACCUAUUUCUCCCUACAUUCUCUGCCAGGAGAAAGGUACAACUCUGUAACCGGUCUUCCCCAACAGAGCCCGAGCAGCCCUGUUUUUUUCUCUACUUUUCUGCUUUCACAUCUUAUGACCAAGUACUUCCUAUUCUGUCUCCCCAAUAAUCACAAAAUUUUUUCCCUCACUUUUGUCACUGCCACUGCCUUUUGCAUCAGUCUUCCUUUAGAUAGUCUCUUAAUUGGUCUGUUGCUUCCUUCAGUUUUUCCUUAUUAUACAGACCACUACACACACAUCUGACAGAGACUCCUCACCUUCGUAUGGUUCAAUGACUCAAUUUUUCAGAAUAAAAUUGAAGUCACCGCAGUGUCAAAUUUGGGGUCAGAUAGAGGUGGGUUUGUAUCUCAGAUUCCUACACUGUUCAGUAGUGUGAUCUCAGAAAACUGAACUUCUUAAGCCUUUGUGUAUCUGCCUACCCUCAUUGAAAUUUGGGACUGUUUCACACAUACAGUGUCUGGCAUGUAGAAGGGACUUCAUCAAUGUUGAAUGAAGAGGAGGCAUUUUAAAAUUUACAUUAAAAAAUUAUUUUUUUUUAAAUAUGCCAGUCUAUAAUGUCACUUCCCUUCCAAGCUUGACUUCUACCUGUACUUUCUGAUACGGUUUGGUCAUGUCCCCACCCAAAUCUCAUCUUGCAUUGUAAUUUUUAUAAUCCCCACAUGUUGAGGGAGGGACUCAAUGGGAGGUAAGUGGAUCAUGGGGGCAGUUUCUUAUAUGCUGUUCUUGUGAUAGUGUGAGUUUUCAUGAGAUCUGAUGGUUUUAUAUGUGUUUGACAGUUCCUCCUCCACAUGCUCACACUUUGGUAACCCACCUAAUGGCUCUUGAUUUUGUAUAACAAAGUCAUACUUAGAAGUUUGUUAGUAAAAGAGAGAAAAUCUAAAAGUCCCUGCCAUGGAAGGAAGAAACAGAGGAGAAAAGGAAGUUGGUAAGUUUCAGCACUUUAGAGCUUGGGGGGACAAGUUAGGUUUCUAUUUUCUGGAGAAGGAGGUGGAGGCAGGAUGGGUUCUAAGGUGUCAUUCAAAACACACAGUCAUAACUCCUUUGUGAGAGUAGAGCUAGGGCCCUAGGGAUUGCUUUGGUGAAGUUGCAGACAAAAACUACCACUCAUUGAAAGACAGGAGAGGAAUAUUUCAGGUUUAUCUACAUUGAGUCAACAAAUAAAAGUUCAACUGGUUGCUAAUGGGACCCACUCUGCUAACUGCCACUUUGUAUAGAACUAGAGGAAAAUGGCUUCCAGUAAUGAGCCACACUGUUUUUAGGACUAAAAAGCUCAGGAAGCUGGUGGGUGAUGAAUGAAAACCUUAGUUCCACUGGCACUGAAGGAGGGGCCAGGAGAGCAGUGGCAUCAUAAGCCACAGGGUGGGGUAGCCCGGGCAACAGGGAGGGGUGGUAGCCAGGGUGAGGCAUUGUGAGGUGUGGGGCAGGGCACUGUGAGUCACGUGCCUGGGCUUCCACCUGGGCCAGUGGGCUUCAGUCUGUAUUUGACUGCAGAAGGAGUAAUAGCUCCUUUUGUACUCUUCAGACAGUUGUAUCACUCAGCGCUCGUUGGGUUCCCAACCUAUUAAAUUAGCCAGCUGUUUCUGACCCUCCCGGACAAGUCAACUUAGGAGGCAGCAGGGUGUGGGCCUCGGCCCGAGCCCCGGCUGGGGCCGGGCUGUGGGGUGGGCAGGUGAGCAGUGGGCAAGACCAUCUCUGAAAGUGCAGCAUAGCCUCUGCCUAGGGCAGCAGGAGUGCCUGGUCAACACUGUGAGCGGAGGCACAGGUGGCAGCAGACAGGAGUAGAGGUUCCCCAUGGGGAACAUACUGUGCUGCUGUGUGUGCCCCAAGUCGGACGAUGAUGAGGUGUCAGGGUGUCCUCCAGAGUGUAAAAUCUGUGAAGCAACAGCUGAGGACACGACAGCAGCAGCACCCACUGCUGCUGCCAUAGAACCUGCUGAGUUGACUGUUGAAGCUGGUGAGGGCCUUCCUGUGCAUGACAUCUGUGAUGGGGAGAUGCCUGAAGGUAGGGCUUUGGAAUCCGAUCCUUCUGAUCAUCGAGAAGCAAAGAAAUCUCAAGCAGUUGAUAGGGCUUUGGAAUCCAACCCUUCUGAUCAUCCAGAAUCAAUGAAAUAUCCAGCAGAUGAUGGGGCUUUGGAGUUUGACCCUUCUGAUCAUCCAGAAACAAAGAAAUCUGAAGCAGUUGAUAGGGCUUUGGAGUCCAACCCUUCUGAAACAAGGAAAUCCCAAACAGCACAAGAAAUAGGAGAAAACAGCCGUAGAAACCAUAUAUAUAUGGAUCGUUUGUCUUUGAAAUUCAGUUCAUGCUCGACAAUUUUCCUUGAAGACAGCACAGCCAGCUGCCCUCAUUUUGAAACGACACUAAAAUCUGUCGCCUGGGACUUAUAUUUUUUUAUCAAGAAAAGAGAAGGAUAUCUGUCUUACAAAGUAUUUGAUGAACAUGUAUACCCAUUGAAACACCGAACAGAAGAAUACAUUAUGUAUGAUCCUUCAGAGACAAUGAUUUACAAAUUUAUACGUACCGUGUUAUAUGUAAAAAGGCUAAAGGUUGCUGACGCCAUCAUAAGUAUGGUGUACAUUCAACGACUUAUACAGUAUGCUCAUAUCUACAUUUGUUCAGCCACCUGGAGGAGGAUUAUCCUCGGAGCCAUUCUUGUUGUCAUCAAGGUUCGGAGCAAUGUGGCUGUGUGCAAUAGGGACUUAUGCAGGCGCUUUGAGAAAACUACCGUUAACGAUCUGAAAAAGUUGGAAAUGAACUUCUUGGAGCUAAUUAAUUAUGAUACUAACGUUUCUAAAAGCGUUUAUACCAGAUACUACUUCCAUCUUCGUGACCUUGUAUAUACGUAUGGCCUGGGUUCACCUAUUUACCUUCUUGACACACAAAGAGCAUGGGAUCUGCAGGCUUUAUCAAGGAUGGAACAAUACGAAGUGUUCUAUACUGGCAUCACCAGGUCUUUGAGCGUUGAUGAUGUAACUACUCUUCAGCGCACCAAGGCCAUCCUCUCCUGAAGGAAGAAAUGAGGGGUCUUGUAACAUCUGAACCCCUCACCAAAAAAGACAGGAAAAUACCACCUCUCCUGCUAAAUAACUAGAGAAGUUUGUAUUUUCAAAAGAAGAAAUACCUCAAUUUAAGUUAACUCAAAGACAACUAAGAUUGCCCUUUAUAAUAAGGAAUGGGACCCUGUCAGGGCAACAACACAGUCUUCACCCUUCUGUUUCUUUUAAUGUAAACAGAGUUAUAGAAACCACUCCAAAGCGUAGGCUCCUUCUGCCCACUCACAGAUGCUUGCUUAGUGUGUCGGCUGAUAGCUGUGAAUGGUGUCAGGCUUUUUUUGUUUUGUUUUCAGAUGAGUCUCUGUUGCCAGGCUAGGGGGCUGUGGUGUGAUCUCAGCUCAAUGCAAUUUCCACCUCCUGGGUCCAAGCCAUUCUCCUGCCUUGGCCUCCCUCCUUAAUUAAAUGUUUUAAGUAGCUGGGAUUACAGGGGCACCCGGCUUGUGUAAGGCUUUUAAAACAAUGAUUUAAAUUUUUUAGAUUUUAAAAGAUAACUUUUUUGUUUUUUUAAAAACAUUUUUUUCCCCAAAUUGCAGUAUUCGUAUUCAGACAUGUCAAAAGAGUUCAUUAAUAGCACAAUCUUUUCUUCCUGAGGGUCCUCCCCUUCAGGUGUCCCAGCCUGCUUGCAGCAGCCAUAGACGGGGUCUUUAUACUGAGAGAAGCUACAGAGCUCUUGAAAGCUGGGAAUGCAUAGGCAGACAUGAUCAGAGUUGAGAAUAGGGGGGUUGUGAUGUCCUCUUUGAGGGAAUAAUUGUUAUUGUCCUGAGGCUGUUUCUAGAUAUUGUCAAAUAAAUUCUGAUGUAGGUAAGACGUGACUUUAUUCUAAAGGAGUAUUACAAUGGGGAAAUCACCAGGCAUCAGAUCUGCAAGCAUCUCAUAAAAGGCAGAAAAGGGCUGUGUUUUUUAUGGAGGAGCAAGCAAGAUUAGAAGGAAGGUGGGAGGAAGAGUGGAGAAUGGCAAAAUCAGAUUCAAGCUCAGGGAAUGUUUCAGCCAGAAGUCAGCCUGUUCUUAGGAUGGGCAUAAACGGGGUUUGUAUGUUGGCUCAGACUGAAGGCAGAGCAGAGUCCAGGAGCUGGGGAAAGGAGAGAAACUUGAGCAAAGUUGUGAUGGAAUUCCUGGAACCCAGGAGGCAAAGGUUGCAGUGAACCAGGAUUGCACCAGUGCAGUCCAGGGUGACAGAGUGAAACUCUAUCUCAUGAGUAAAUGACUAAAUAUUUUAAAUAAAGUCUUGUUUUAACCAA